CGGCUUCUGUUAUUCGAAUGAUGUCCCACGCCAUGACGGAAGAGGUUUUCCAUAAAGGCUUGCAACAGUAUCUGAAGAGCAACGCGUUGGGUAAUGCGGAUUCGAAUGACCUUUUCCGGUCCCUCCAGAAAGCCCUGGAUGAGAGUGGGAUUAAAUGGAAACAGCCCGUGCAAGUUAUAAUGUAUAACUGGGUGGAAUAUCCGGGAUAUCCGACGUUGACAGUUAAGAGAGUCAAACAGGGCUACCAAUUGACACAAGAACAUUUCGUAAUCGUGCUGAUGAAAGUCAUCGAAUAUCCUACCAGGUGGUGGAUACCAAUCACUUAUGUCGAGGAGUCGAAUCCUAAUUUCAAGAAUACGACUCCAGUCGAUUGGUUCGCUCCGGAGCAAGAAUCACGUACCGUGCCGUCUGAGGAAAAAAAGGGGUGGUUCAUUUUCAACACGAAGCAAACAGGUUACUACCGCGUGAACUAUGAUGUAGAAAAUUGGGAACUGUUGAUAAAAGAGUUGAACAAGGGGAACGAGACCAAAAUACACGUGCUGAAUCGUGCACAGAUGAUUGACGACGCGUUCAACUUAGCUCGUGUUAACAGUUUGAAUUACACAGUUGCUUUGAACUUGGCCCUUUACUUAACGCACGAGGUCGAUUACAUGCCCUGGCAACCGGCGUUCAGGCACUUGAGCUUCCUGAAGAACUUGUUACGCAACUCCGAAAAAUAUCACACUUUCACGGAAAAAAUAAAUGUUUAUAUGCAUUUCGAUUCUGUACUUCUACUUAUAAAAAACAGAGUGGACGUUGACCUGAAGAAGGAAAUUCUCUGCACUGGGGUCAGGAACGCGAAUGAGAGCGCGUGGGCUGAUACUCUGCGGCACAUAAAUGAAUCUGCGCUCGAUACCAACAAUAAGAAGGAUCAGCUGACGGUCCUAGCCUGUUCCAACUCGUCUGAGAUUCUGACACAAUACCUGGACUCAAGUCUCGAUCCGGACUCCCUGAUUGAUUUCGGGACUGCUGUGACAAACGUG